UCCCCUCCCCCAAACUCCCCCGCCGUCCCGCCCCGCCGCGUCGCCGCCGCCGCCACCUCCGUCCCGCCCUCCCUCCUCGGGGCAUCGCGCGGCGCGCUCCUGCGGUUCCCACCCCGUCCGCGGUCUCUGGCCGCCGAGUCUCGAGGUACGAGCUAGGUCGUCUCCGUCCGGCGAUCCUCCUGCUCAAUUCCCUUCCCGGAUGUGCGCAGUCUAGGUCCCCAUGCUCCUGUGGCGCCGCAAAUGCGUCGCCGAGUGCCGCAGGCACGCCCGGGCCCCUCCCGCGGGGCAGCCAUCCCCAUCCCAUCGCCGCCGCCGCCGCCUCUCCGUGCUCGCCGCCUGGGCGCACCACCUGGACGACGACGCCACCUCGAGCGGUGAGGAGAGGCCCAGCUGUGCUCCCCCCGGCGAGGUUUUCCGGAGAAGGGACUGCGCUCCCGGUGAGAUUACCAGGAGAAGGAGCUUCGCUCCGAGCCUGGGCUCCGCCGGCGUCGUCAGGACUCUUCAGCGCCUGGAGAGGAAGCCUGCCAUCGCGUUUGCCUACUUCAAGGACACCGAGAGCAUCGGCUUUCGCCAUGACCUCGCUACCUACACGGAGAUCAUCCGCGUUCUGUCACAUAAGGGCCAGGGGAGAAUGCUGUUUUCUUUGUUCCGUGAGAUCCUCUUGCAGGCUGAUGGCGGCGGCGGCGGCCCUGAGAUCGUGCCGCUCAUGGAUCAGCUCAGAAGGACGUGCACUACUUCGUAUGCUCUCUUGUUUGCGACUAAUUCCUUGAUCACGACAUGCACCUCUUGUUGCAGUGCACCGGACACAAUAGGGCUGUUUGGUGACCUCUUUAGGCUUGGAAUUGUCCCGUCAGUUUUGACUUGCAACAUACUUCUCAAAUUUGCAGCUGAGAGCGGUGACUCGGAGAUUGUUGUAUCAGCUUAUGAUCAAAUUAAGCUCUUUGGAUUGACUUUGGAUGCUCACUCGUUAGGCCUUAUCACCUGGUCUCUCUUUCGAGAAAAGAAGGCAGACAAAGCAUUCCAAGUGUGGGCUGAGAUGAUUGAAAUGGGGGUGAAACCAGAUAUAAAUGCAUACUCAUCAUUUAUAGCCGGUCUGUGUGAUUGCGGAAAGAUUGAUUUGGCUUAUGCUAUUCUGCAAGAGAUCAGCAGGGAGGGGGUUCAAGUUGAGCCCAUCGCUUAUAACAUGGUAAUGGAUGGGCUCUCCAAGGAAAUGAGACUGCAGGAGGUUGAAAUGCUCUUGGAGGACAAGACGAGACAAGGCUUCACCCCAGAUAUAUAUGGUUAUAGCUAUCUCAUUCGGAGUUACGGCAAAGCGGGCAACUUACUCAAGGUGUUGGAUCAUUAUCAAGCCAUGGUAUCCCAUGGUUUCGAAACAAAUUGCCACAUUGCAAGUUAUCUUCUACAAUGCUUUACGAAGUUAGGCAUGACAUCUGAGGUUACAGAGCAUUUCCAGAAACUGCGAGAUUCGGGACUCAACGUAGAUGGGGUUCUGUAUAACAUUGCCAUUUAUGCUUACUGCAAGCUUGGUAACAUGGAUGAGGCGGUUAAGCUACUGAGAGAAAUGAAGGCUGAGGGUCUGACACCUGACAGAAUUCACUAUACAUGCGUGAUCAAGGGUUAUUGUUUGAAGGGAGAUGUACCAAAUGCACGUCAAGCAUUUGAAGUGAUGCUGAAGGCAAAUGUAAAGCCAGAUGUAGUUACAUAUAACAUAUUGGCCAGUGGAUUCUGCAAGAAUGGUCUUGUUACGGAGGUGUUUCACCUUCUAGACCAUAUGGCGGAUCAAGGGUUAGAGCCUAAUUCACUCACUUAUGGUAUAAUAAUUGAUGGGUUUUGCAGAAGUGACAACCUUAGUGAAGCUGAGGUGUUAUUUAAUAUAGUAGAAGAGAAAGGAAUCGAUCACAUUGAAGUAUUGUACAGUUCAAUGGUUUGUGGCUAUUUGCAUUCAGGCUGGACUGAUCAUGCUUACAUGCUUUUUCUUAGGGUUGCUAAGCAAGGAAAAUUUGUGGAUCAUUUCUCAUGUUCAAAGUUGAUGAAUGACCUUUGUAGGGAUGGAAAUGCCCAGGGAGCUUCAACAGUUUGCAGCAUGAUGUUAGAAAAUAAUGUUAUUCCUGAUGUAAUUUCAUAUAGCAAACUCAUAUCAGCCUAUUGUCAGACAGGAGAUAUGCACAAUGCUUGCUUAUGGUUUCAUGAUAUGGUUCAGCGAGGACUUUCUGUUGAUGUUAUUGUAUACACUGUACUAAUGAAUGGUUACUGCAAGGUUGGCCAGAUGGAAGAAGCUUGCAAAUUGUUUGAUCAGAUGAUAAACUUAGGUAUUAAGCCUGAUGUAAUUGCAUAUACCGUGCUACUGGAUGGUCACCUAAAAGAGUACCUGCAGCGGUGCUGGCAGGGCGUUAGUAAGGAGAGAAGGAUCUAUCUUCUUAGAGCAAAGCAGAACAUGUUGCUCAGCUCUAUGAAAAAAAUGGAAAUUGAACCUGAUGUACCCUUUUACACCGUAUUGAUAGAUGGGCAGUGCAAAGCCGAUUUUUUGGAGGAAGCCCGGGGACGAUUUGAUGAAUUGUUGCAGAAAGGGCUCACUCCUGAUCAAUAUGUAUACACAGCUCUUAUAAGUGGAUAUUGCAGCCAGGGAGAAAUAGAGAAGGCACAAGAUCUUUUUGAAGAAAUGGUAGACAGGGGAAUAAAACCAGAUGUACUGACCUUUUCUGUAUUAAAUCAGAAAACCUUGAGGGAAAGGCAGUAUCAGUGACAUGUAUGAUUUCGCUGCAGUUAUAUCCAUUGAAAUCACGUCAGCAAGGUAAUAUUUUAUAAGUCACAAAUUUGCUCGAAGCCUGGAUCUAAGAUUUUUUAUAUUGCUUCCACUUGAAUAUGUGAUGAGAAUAUGAUUAUGAUAUCCAUUCAUGUGCUUAGUGCUUAAUGUUUUGAUGUGUAAUGCUCUUAACAUGCAUUAUGUUUAUGCAAGCUCAUGAGAAUUUAGGUGCCUUACAGUAUACAUGUCGAAGUGAAAUGCAUAAUUUUCAGAAGCAUACUUGUUUAAAUAGCGUCCCAAGAUAUGCCAUACGGAAGAUGCUGGUGAAGUAUAGAAUCUAGUAUUUGUUAGAAAGUGAAUGACAAACUUCACCACAUGGGAGAGCAUAAUGCAUGACUUCGUAAGUGUAUGAAGCGGCUUGUGUAUAUAAACAUAUAAAUGUAUCAGGGAAAUUUGGCAUCCGUGUGCACAACGUUUUUCCCUUGGUAAUAUUGAAAUGGAAACCAAAUUGUUCAAUAGAUAGCCAUUGUUAUCUACAGUAAGCUAAUUGCAGUGAUCAAAGUAUCACUGCUUAUAAAUCCAGAUGUUUAAGGCCUUCCUUACCAUGUGCUCUGUUGCGUCAAACUGGAGUUUGUUGUAUUGAACUUCAUGCUUGUAUGUAAAUCCCUGCCUCUAAGCUAAUUUGACUUAUACUUUAAAUCCUCGCCGUAGUCCCAGUUCAUUCACUGUUAACAUGGUGUUUCUAGUUGGGGAUGUUUACAAAGGUCACCAAAUCGAAUUAUUUCUGCUGAAAAGAUGGAAAGUUCUUCCCUGUUUGGUUCCAUUUGCAUGUCAAGGACUGAGUGUUUCGAUUGCUGGUAAAGCAAGCCGUAGAGCUUGUGGACGCUCCGGAAGUUAUGGAUGCGGCUGACCAGAAGCAUUCCUUGUGGAGGCUCCAGAAGUCGGAGGCUCCGGAAGUCCUGGUGCAACGUAGAACUACAGUUUGGCUGCAAAACUACACUAAAAAGAAACGGAGGGAGUACAAGUAAAAGUUACCUGCAAUGCAAGAAGAGACAGAUCGGUCAUAAUGUGGCCAAGUUCAAAUUUGCUCUCCACACACCUACUUCUGUGUUGGGCCUUGCAAUUGGCCCAUAUAUAAGCUGCAGAGGGAAGGAUGCUACUGGUGAGGAAGUAAUCAAGCCUUAUACUCCGACUACACUGGAUUCUGAUAUUGGAUACUUUGAGUUUGUUAUAAAGGUAACUUAUCAUAAACUUGUUCCAACCUCACUGCAUGUCUCUUAUCGUUGAUUCUGAUGGUAAGAAGACUGUGAAUAAUUAGCUUCAUUGUACACCAUAUUAUUAAUUCACUUCUGAAGGUAUGCUGCAGCCAAAUAGUUCUUUCAGAACAUGACCAACCAUCCACACUUAUGAGCUGUUAUAUCGUGUUAACUGCUGUGUUAUGAUUGGACCAACCAAAUUCGGUUGCCAUGAAAAGCAAUGCACAGGUUUUAAAUACUACUCCAUCUACUACCGUAUAAACGGUUCAUAGAAUUGUCCAUUGGAUGGCACAGUAUGUACAAUUUUUAGCUAGCAGCUGUCAAUGUUGCCUUAUCCAACAUCAGUAUGUUAGCCUGUUAUAUAGUAAAAUUUGCAUGUGACUGAAAUUUUCAAGUGAGCUCCUCCUGUUCUUAUCAUCAUUAGGCUAAUUAAUUAAAAGCUAGAACAGUAAUAAUAUGAUUAUUGCUUUGUUGCAUGUCCAUUGCCAAAUGCUAACUAUGGUUCUGUGCAUGUAUUUUAUUUUCAUCAGGAGGUUUCUAACUAGUGGAACCUAUAGCACUAUUAAUAUCAGUAGUCUGCUUAAGGAUUGACCAGACAUUUAUGAGUAAUUAUUGAUUAGCAAAUUUCCUUUGAAUAUUCAAACUGCCAUAAAAUCUCCUUCAUUACUUGGUAAUGACUAUUAUCCUUCUUCCUUGCACUUGGCAAUAUAUGUGUCUUCUAAUAGACAUUUCAAUCCUUGUCACAAAAGAUAUCUUUUUGCCCCUUAGAUUAUAUAACAUCUUAAGCUUUUCCAUUGAUUUAUUAGUCUUACUUUGCUUGUUGGCGUUACUGCUGGAGAUGAUGAAGCCGGAAAUGAGGACAUACAUGAUCAUUUCGUGCGGUGUCUUGUGAAGUCGACCUGUAGUCCAGUGUCUCUUGGAAUUGUUUCUGUUACUAUGCUUGGACCUGUCAGUGUAUCAGUACCUUGUGGAUUAAUGAUUUUGAUUUAUGUCUCA